CAGUUCAAUAGGCUCCCUACUUUCAAUGUAAACGCAUUUACUUUUAAGCAGAGUGCAAGUGCAAUAGUAAACACAGGAAUAGAAAACAGAUUUAAAAUGCGAUUGUGGUUGAAUUUAGCGCUGCUGGCAUGCUUAGCACUGGCAGCUCAUGGCACAAAGCCGCCUCGUUGGGAUGCCAAUUACAUAGUGAAGGGAACUCUUUAUAUACCCUAUGCAGAGAUAGCGGAGCCGUUUUACGCCUGGUAUGACAAGAACACGAAACGCUCCCGCAUUGAUUAUUAUGGAGGCAUGGUCAAGACAUAUCAGCUUGCCGGCGAGGGCCAAUAUGGAACAGCUCUGAAACUGGCGCCCGUCUCGACACGGGAUGAGCUCAAUAAGCUGAGCUGCCUGCAAGUGAACGGCACCGCCGAGCAGGCUGUGGAAAUCCAAAGCAUUUUGCCUGAUGCGAAACCCUUUGAACUGAUAGGCACCGAAACGUUCAUGGGUUUUACGUGCGACAAGUUCCGCUUGGAGCAGACCAUUGGUCAGAAGAAGAACGUGUAUACGCUGUGGGUGCGCUACAAGAAGUCACCGCAUUAUCCGUCGAGUCGCAUGCCGAUUCCGGUGCGCUACGAGAUGCGCGGCUACAAUACGCUGCUUGGCUCCCAUUAUGAUAAUUAUUAUCUGGAAUACGAUAGUUACGAGCAUGAUGACAUACCGAAUGAAGUCUUUGAGAUCGAUGAGAGCCUCACAUGCACUGGCUUCCCGGGCCCAGGCACCGGACAUUUCGCCACCUUCAAUCCCAUGCAAGAGUUUAUCUCCGGCAGCGAUGAGCAUGUGGACAAGGCAUUCCACCAUUUUAAGCGCAAGCAUGGCGUCGACUAUCGCAACGAGAAGGAGCACGAGCAUCGCAAGAACAUUUUCCGCCAGAACUUACGCUAUAUCCACUCCAAGAAUCGCGCCAAACUAACCUACAAACUGGCUGUCAAUCAUUUGGCCGACAAGACUGAUGAGGAGCUGAAAGCGCGACGUGGUUACAAGUCUUCCGGCGCUUACAACACUGGCAAGCCUUUCCCCUAUGAUGUGAACGAGCACAAGGAUGAAAUACCCCCGCAACAUGAUUGGCGUCUCUUUGGAGCUGUCACUCCCGUUAAAGAUCAAUCGGUUUGUGGCUCGUGCUGGUCCUUUGGCACCAUUGGCCAUUUGGAGGGCGCGUAUUUCCUUAAGAACGGUGGCAAUUUGGUGCGUCUUUCGACGCAGGCGUUGAUCGACUGCUCCUGGGGCUAUGGCAACAAUGGCUGCGAUGGUGGCGAGGACUUCCGCGUCUAUCAAUGGGUGAUGCAAGUGGGCGGCGUGCCAACAGAGGAGCAGUAUGGCCCCUACUUGGGCCAGGAUGGUUACUGCCACGUUAACAAUGUAACGCUAGUCGCACCCAUCAAGGGCUUUGUCAAUGUCACCUCCAAUGAUCCGAACGCCUUCAAGUUGGCCCUACUCAAGCACGGCCCGCUCUCGGUAGCCAUUGAUGCCUCGCCCAAGACCUUUAGCUUCUACUCGCAUGGUGUCUACUAUGAGCCCGAGUGCAAGAACGAUGUCGAUGGUCUCGAUCAUGCCGUGCUGGCCGUUGGCUACGGCACCAUUAAUGGCGAGGACUACUGGCUGGUGAAGAACUCCUGGUCCACUUACUGGGGCAACGAUGGUUAUAUUUUGAUGUCUGCACGCAAAAACAACUGCGGCGUUAUGACCAUGCCCACCUAUGUGGAAAUGUAAAGCCUUAGCCCUUAUAUUAAACCAUUUCAUUUUGUACUUUUUAUUCUGUCACGCCCCCAAGGGCUUUAAAAGGAAAAUGCAAUAAACCAUAUGUCAAUACUCUUUUGUAA